AGUUUCACAGUCACUCGCAUCAUCUUUCAUUCCCAUCUUCCGCAGCCAAGAGAAAAAGACAAGUGGUUUUGCUCUGCAGCUGUCUUGAAGUAACUUUAGUUGAAAAAAUUUCUUGGGCGCACUUGGCGUGGGAUAAGGCGGUGGAAAUUUUAGUAGCAGGGUCUUGCGCAGUGUAUAAACACACAAGAACAAGCAAUGGCUUCGAGCUCGCCGGCGAAACAUCCUGAUUCACUUUUACCUCCAAGUCCUUUGCCAACUCGGCGAACCAGGACCCUAUCAACUUCUGAGCGAGCAAGGCAGGGUGCAACAGUGCAUGGCAUUUGCCAAUCAUUUGACCGCAACAAGGGCCAUGGCUUCAUCAAGCCCGACGGAGAGGAUGCGCUACUUUUUGUCCAUAUCUCAGAUAUUGACACUCCCUACGUGCUGUUGGAAGGAGAUCGUGUAUCAUUCAAGAAGUGCGCCGUUCCACCCAAGUGCGAGCAAAUGCAAGCAGUGCAUGUUCUAAUCAGCGAAGAAGACAUUUCACUAAAGGCGCGGGAAACGUGGCAAAGCUGAGCGGCUGACGUUUUUCGACUGGAGCUGUUUUGGUUUGUAAUUCAGUUUUACUCCUGACCGGUGUUAUGCCAAGUACCUGACGUAUUUCUAUUGACUCAUAUUCCGUGUCUGGCUGCCACGAUGGAUGACAUCUUUCUCCAUCUGUGUGGGUAGUAUAUGUGUGUGUGUGUGUGUGUGUGUGUGUGUGUGUGUGUGUGUGUGUGUGUGUGUGUGUGUGUGUGCCGUUUGCUGAAGACUUUUUGUGAGCUACAACAGGUUGGGAAAUGUAUCCCGGUUCCUGGCUGAGUAUGCGAGUGCUUGCAGUUCACAUGCGUGCUACGCCAUUAUCAUUGUCAAGAUUUCUUCUGCUGCCGCGUGCCAUCAACGGCUGAGCCUGAUGUAUGCGAUGAUGCAGCUCCGCAUUUCUGUUUGUGCAAAUGCACGGCGGAUCUAGCCCCAAGUUUUGACUUCUUGCUAAGAUGGAAAUGAUAUGUUUCGAUGUUGUAGAUAAUGACAAAGUCGGCUGUCUCCUGCCAAUGCAUCCUGCAUUCGGAAAUUUGAAGAGGGUUUUUGUCACCAUUGUUCUUUGAAACGAGCAGCAAUUUACCUGA